AUGCUCGAACACCUCUUGAUGGUGUCCUCCGCUGAUGAUAGUACAACGGACCAGGACAAGGAUAACCCCUUCUUGUCCAAGGUCUACGCCCCGGUAGACGAAGAGACAACCCGAGCGUGCGAGGUCGUGGGAGUGCUUCCAGAGGCUCUGAACGGGACUGUGGCUCGGAACGGGCCAAACCCCAAAUUCAAGCCAAAGGCCGGCUAUCACUGGUUCGACGGAGAUGGAAUGGUGCAUAGCGUCCGGAUCAAGGCAGGCAAGGCAACAUACUCCAACCGGUACGUGAGGACGGAGAAGCUAAGGACUGAAGAAGAGGCUGGCGAGGCCGUGGUCAUCAAGUUAGGAGACAUGGCAUCUCUGGUGGGCAUCCCGAAGAUGCUACUGUACUCCCUUAAAGUGAAGCUCGGGAUAAUCCCUGACUUGAUUGACGCUCUGGAAACGACCGCCAACACCAGCCUCGACUUCCACGCAGGCCGUCUCUUUGCGCUGUGUGAGGGAGGUCUUCCAUACGCCCUCCGCGUCAUGUGUGACGGGGUGAUCGAGACGAUCGGCAAGGCUACUUUCGACGGCCAGAUGAAGGCGCCGUUCACGGCUCACCCCAAGAAAGACCCAGACACCGGCAAGCUGCACGCGUUCGGCUAUCAGGUACCGGCCAUCGACCCCAUGUUUGAUGCGAACACGAUGUGUCUAUUUGUAGACGAAUUGGAGAACCUCUGCUUGUACUGGUCUGUGUGUUCACCGUGUCUACUGUUCUCUCCACGCCAGUUCACGGACGCGACCAAGCCGUACGUGACCUACUACGUGCUGGACAAGAGCGGAAAACUGGAGCGUCAGUUUCCGAUCGUGGACGUCAAGAGGCCUAUCAUGAUGCAUGACUUUGCGAUCACCAAGAACUACGCAGUUUUCUUGGACUUUCCCUUGCUGUUCAAGCCGGAGCUGAUGUUGACCGGGCAAGUCCCCUUCGUUUUCGACGAGACGGCGGGGUCCAGGUAG